AAAACCCCAUUAGAACCAAAUCUUUAUUUCUCUGGGACCCACUUUUAUAUCUUGAAUAUUAAUGACGUGGAGUAAUGAUGUGGACAAAAAGCUCAUCAUCAGCUUUUCCACGCCACCUACCCUAGUUAUUGUCGAUGGCGGCGACUCCCUUCACAUGCUUGUUUUCUCUUUCCAUUUCUAGCACUUUUCCUUUUCCCACUCUCUCCUCUCCAUACAUAUAACCACUCGAACAACCUUUCGACCAAAACCAAAGAAACUCUUAUCUCUUUUGUCUCUGUCUCUGUCUCUGUCUCUGUCUCUAUCUUUGUCUCUAUUUCUGGAUCUGAAUGAUCAUGGCUAGCCAAGAAGGGCAAGAGAUCAAGUUGUUUGGGACAACAAUUAUGUUGCAUGGAAGACAAGUAAAAGAAGAAGAGAACAAAGAUGAUCAUCCAACAGUGGAUAAGAGGCCAGACAAGAUCAUACCAUGCCCUAGAUGCAAGAGCAUGGAGACAAAAUUUUGUUACUUCAAUAACUACAACGUUAACCAACCUAGACAUUUCUGUAAAGGUUGCCAGAGGUACUGGACUGCGGGUGGGGCACUCCGGAACGUACCUGUGGGGGCUGGUCGCCGGAAAGCCAAGCCACAGGGCCAUGAUCUUGGUGGGUUCCCGGAAGGGUGCUUGUAUGAUGGGUCUAGUGGGGUGCACCAAUUUGAGUUGGAAAGGAAGGUGCUAGAUGAGUGGCAUGUAGCGGCAGAGAAUGGUGGUUUCCGGCAAGUUUUGCCAAUAAAACGGAGGCGGAUAAGCUACUCAGCCCAAAAUCGACCUACCGAGGAGUCCAUGAUCCAAUUUGAUCAAUCAAAUUUUGGAGAUCACCGGCAAGCUGAUCAAGGGAUGCAUGCGUAAUCAUCAUUAUCAGCAUCAUCUUUGAUCAUGCACGAGCUCUAAAUUGGAAGGAUAAGAUGGAACACAGAAUGGCAAAUAUCCUUUCUUCGGACAAAGGGUUGAUAUAUGACUCACGCAAGCUAAUGUAAUUGGAACGUCAGCUUUCCUGGAUAACGUUGUGUUUUCCAAGCAAAGCCUGGAAGAAUUUUAAUCUGAUCAAAUCAACAUAUUUUGAUUUCUGGAGAGUUGCUGAUGUAAUUAAGUCUUUAAUCAAAGAAAUUUAUAUUGUACCAGGAAACAAGGCCGUGAAAAAGACCGUUUUGUAUAUAUCCAUCUGGUAAAUUCAACAUUAAUUUUGAGUUUGAAUUAAUUUCGAGUAAAAACAAUAGCUUUCUUCAUUCAUAUUGAUC